UCCUGGGCUGACACUCCCAGCAGGGUAGAUCCUGGGAAUCUGAUCUCCUGGCCUCCCCCACUUCCUACCCCCCCCCACCCGCCCCCACUUCCUGGAGCAGCGACCUGCCCCCUUCCCGCCUGCACUCCCCUCCACUUCCAGGGCUGGGCUUCUCCUCACACCAGCCAGACAGCCUACUCUCCACCCAGGGGAAGUGGCUGCCUCCGCCAGGCCGCUUCCAGGAAGCCCUGGGCCAGGCCCCAGCAUUGUUCGGGCCCCACGGCCGGCACCCCAGGCAGCCGGACACCAUGAAGUCCAGCGGCCCAGUGGAGAGGCUGCUCAGAGCCCUGGGGAGGAGGGACAGCAGCCGGGCCACCAACAGGCCUAGGAAAGCUGAGCCACAUAGCUUCCGGGAGAAGGUUUUCCGGAAGAAACCACCGGUCUGUGCAGUGUGUAAGGUGACCAUCGAUGGGACAGGCGUCUCGUGCCGAGUCUGCAAGGUGGCGACACACAGAAAAUGUGAAGCAAAGGUGACUUCGUCCUGUCAGACCUUGCCUCCCACGGAGCUGCGGAGAAACACGGCCCCUGUGAGGCGCAUAGAGCACCUGGGAUCCACCAAGUCUCUGAACUACUCAAAGCAACGCAGCACUCUGCCCAGGAGCUUCAGCCUGGAUCCUCUCAUGGAGCGCCGCUGGGACUUGGACCUCACCUACGUGACGGAGCGGAUCCUGGCCGCCGCCUUCCCCGCGCGGCCCGACGAACAGCGACACCGGGGACACCUGCGCGAGCUGGCUCACGUGCUGCAAUCCAAGCACCGCGACAAGUACCUGCUCUUCAACCUGUCAGAGAAAAGACAUGACCUGACCCGCCUAAACCCCAAGGUCCAGGACUUUGGCUGGCCUGAUCUGCACGCGCCCCCGCUGGACAAGCUGUGCUCCAUCUGCAAAGCCAUGGAGACGUGGCUCAGUGCUGACCCGCAGCAUGUGGUCGUACUGUACUGCAAGGGGAGCAAGGGCAAGCUCGGGGUCAUCGUCUCUGCCUACAUGCACUACAGCAAGAUCUCUGCAGGGGCGGACCAGGCGCUGGCUACCCUUACCAUGCGGAAGUUCUGUGAGGACAAGGUGGCCUCGGAGCUGCAGCCCUCCCAGCGCCGGUAUAUCGGCUACUUCAGUGGUCUGCUGUCCGGCUCCAUCAGAAUGAACAGCAGCCCUCUCUUCCUGCACUAUGUGCUCGUGCCCAUGCUGCCAGCCUUUGAACCCGACACGGGUUUCCAGCCCUUCCUCAAGAUCUACCAGUCCAUGCAGCUUGUCUACACAUCUGGAAUCUAUCACGUUGCAGGCCCUGGUCCCCAGCAGCUUUGCAUCAGCCUGGAGCCAGCUCUCCUUCUCAAGGGCGAUGUCAUGGUGACAUGCUAUCACAGGGGUAGCCGGGGGACUGACCGGACCCUCGUGUUCCGAGUCCAGUUCCACACGUGUACCAUCCAUGGACCACGGCUCCCCUUCCCCAAGGACCAGCUGGACGAGGCCUGGGCCGACGAGAGGUUCCCCUUCCAAGCCUCGGCGGAGUUCAUCUUCUCCUCCAGCCCAGAGAAGAUCAAAGGCAGUACCCCACGGAACGAGCCCUCGGUCUCUGUUGACUACAACACAGCAGAGCCUGCCGUGCGCUGGGACUCCUACGAGAACUUCAACCUGCACCACGAGGACAGUGUGGAUGACUCCGUCACCCAUACCCGGGGGCCCCUGGAUGGCAGUCCUUACGCCCAGGUGCAGCGGGCCCCCCGCCAGACCCCGCCGGCGCCCUCUCCGGAGCCGCGCCCGCCCCCGCUGCUCUCUGUCAGCAGCGAUUCUGGCCAUUCGUCCACGCUGACCGCAGAGCCCACCGCUGAGUCCCCUGGCCGGCCACCCCCGGCGGGCGGAGCCCCCCGCCUUGGAAUGUAUUCGGGACACAGGCCUGGCCUCAGCCGCCACUGCUCCUGCCGCCAGGGCUACCGGGAACCCUGCGGGGUCCCCAAUGGGGGCUACUACCGGCCAGAGGGGACCCUGGAGAGGAGGCGGCUGGCCUACGGGGCCUACGAGGGGCCCCCACAGGGCUAUGCUGAGGCCUCCGUGGAGAAGAGGCGCCUCUGCCGAUCGCUGUCCGAGGGGCCGUACCCCUACCCGCCUGAGCUGGGGAAACCGGCCAACGGGGACUUUGGCUACCGCGCCCCAGGCUACCGGGAGGUGGUGAUCCUGGAGGACCCUGGGCUGCCUGCCCUGUGCUCAUGCCCCGCCUGUGAGGAGAAGCUAGCGCUGCCCACGGCAGCCCUCUAUGGGCUGCGCCUGGAGAGGGAGGCUGGAGAGGGGUGGGCGAAUGAGGCUGCCAAGCCCCUCCUGCACCCGGUGCGACCUGGGCACCCGCUACCCCUGCUGGUGCCUGCCUGCGGGCACCACCAUGCCCCAGUGCCUGACUACAGCUGCCUGAAGCCACCCAAGGCAGGCGAGGAAGGGCAUGAGGGCUGCUUCUACGCCAUGUGCCCCGAAGGCAGGUAUGGGCAUCCAGGGUACCCUGCCCUGGUGACAUAUGGCUAUGGAGGAGCGGUUCCCAGUUACUGCCCAGCGUAUGGCCGGGCGCCUCACAGCUGCGGGUCUCCAGGCGAGGGCAGAAGGUAUCCCAGCUCUGGUGCCCACUCCCCCCGGGCUGGCUCCAUUUCCCCCGGCAGCCCGCCCUACCCCCAAUCCAGGAACCUCAGCUACGAGAUCCCUGCAGAGGAGGGAGGGGACAGGUAUCCGCCGCCCGGGCACCUGGCCCCAGCAGGACCCUUGGCACCUGCAGAGUCGCCGGAGCCGGUGUCCUGGAGGGAGAGCCCCAGCGGACACAGCACCCUGCCUCGGUCUCCCCGAGAUGCCCAGUGCAGUGCCUCUUCUGAGCUGUCCGGUCCCUCCACGCCCCUGCACACCAGCAGCCCAGUCCAGGGCAAGGAGAGCGCCCGACGGCAGGACACUAGGUCCCCCACCUUGGUGCCCACUCAGAGACUGAGUCCCGGAGAGGCCUCGCCACCUGCUACCCAGGGAGGGGCUGAAAGAGCUCCAGAGCUGCCAGCAAGAAGUGGGCCUGAGCCUCCGGCCCCUGGUCCCUUCUCCCCAGCCUCCCCGCCCAGCUCACCCAACGACUGGCCUCAGGAGAGGAGCCCGGGGGACCGUUCGGACAGCACCAGUCCAAGGGGCCCUGUACCCACCACCCUGCCCGGCCUCCGCCACGCCCCCUGGCAGGGCCUUCGAGACUCCCCGGACAGCCCAGACGGGUCCCCCCUCACCCCUGUGCCUACUCAGAUGCCCUGGCUUGUGGCUAGCCCAGAGCCGCCGCGGAGCUCACCCGUACCUGCCUUCCCUCUGGCUGCAUCUUAUGACAUCAGUGGCCCUACCCAGCCCCCACUUCCCGAGAAGCGCCACCUGCUGGGGCCUGGGCAACAGCCAGGACCCUGGGGCCCAGAGCAGGCAUCGCCACCAGCCAGAGGCACGAGUCACCAUGUCACCUUUGCACCUCUGCUCCCCGAUAAUGCCCCCCAACCCCCAGAGCCCCCUAUGCAAGAGAGCCAGAGCAACGUCAAGUUUGUUCAGGAUACGUCCAAGUUCUGGUAUAAGCCACACCUGUCCCGUGACCAAGCCAUUGCCCUGCUGAAGGACAAGGACACUGGGGCCUUCUUGAUCAGGGACAGUCAUUCAUUCCAAGGAGCCUAUGGGCUGGCUCUCAAGGUGGCUACGCCCCCACCCAGCGCCCAGCCCUGGAAAGGGGACCCCUUGGAACAGCUGGUCCGCCAUUUUCUCAUUGAGACUGGGCCCAAAGGGGUGAAGAUCAAGGGCUGCCCCAGCGAGCCCUACUUUGGCAGCCUGUCGGCCCUGGUCUCCCAGCACUCCAUCUCCCCGCUGUCCCUGCCCUGCUGCCUGCGCAUUCCCAGCAAAGAUCCUCUGGAGGAGGCCCCAGAGGCCCCAGUGCCCACCAACAUGAGCACAGCGGCAGACCUCCUGCGUCAGGGCGCCGCCUGCAGUGUGCUCUACCUGACCUCAGUGGAGACGGAGUCGCUGACAGGCCCCCAAGCGGUGGCGCGGGCCAGCUCCGCAGCUCUGAGCUGCAGCCCCCGCCCCACGCCAGCCAUUGUCCACUUCAAGGUCUCAGCCCAGGGCAUCACGCUGACGGACAACCAGAGGAAGCUCUUCUUUCGCCGCCAUUAUCCAGUGAACAGCAUCACCUUCGCCAGCACUGACCCUCAAGACCAGAGAUGGACCAACCCGGAUGGGACCACCUCCAAGAUCUUUGGUUUCGUGGCCAAGAAGCCGGGAAGCCCCUGGGAGAAUGUGUGUCACCUCUUUGCAGAGCUUGACCCAGAUCAGCCUGCAGGCGCCAUUGUCACCUUCAUCACCAAAGUUCUGCUGGGCCAGAGAAAAUGA